GGGGAUUUGGGUACGCUGCUUUCCAGAGUGUCCUCCCGUAUCUCUUUCCAUCUCUAACCCUAGAAAAUCCUUCAGCAUCGAUUGGGGUUCAAUCGGUUAUCGAUUAGGAUUUUGGUUUGAGAAUCUCUGGAAGAUGGAGAGCAUUCUCUCAGCUGACAAGCAAAGCAUGGUCUCCUCCUUUCUGGAGAUUGCCGUGGGUCAGUCCGCCGACACAGCUAGGCAGUUCUUGCAGGCUACAAGCUGGAAACUAGAGGAAGCUAUUCAGCUGUUCUAUGUUGGGAAUGAAAGUGGAGCCAUGGCUACGUCUUCAUAUUCUCCACCAAUAGAAAAUAUUAGUCCCCUGCCUGAUCAAAGUUCAAGUGGAUCAAGAAAGGACAUUGAAAAUGAAAAUGUUGUACAAGAUGAUGGAGAUGAAGUACGACCUCCAUUACCGGUGAUAAGGGAGGCUCUUUAUGAUGAUCCUAUGUUGUAUGGAGUAUCAAGAGGAGGAUAUCCUUCACAUGAAGCAAGUUCUUUAGUUGCAUUCCGUAAUUUUGAUGACGAGAUGAAACGCCCAGGGAUUUGGGAAUCAGAAAAAGGUGCUACAUCUACGGCAGAAAAUUCUCGAGAUAAUCUUGCUUCGUUAUAUCGGCCUCCAUUUGCUUUAAUGCACCAUGGACCUUUUGAAAAGGCAAAAGUUGCUGCUGCCGGUCAGGAUAAAUGGCUCCUGGUAAACUUGCAAUCCACCACAGAAUUCAGCUCACAUAUGCUUAAUCGGGAUACAUGGGCAAAUGAAGCUGUGGCGCAAACUAUUAGUACAAAUUUCAUCUUCUGGCAGGUAUAUGAUGAUACAAGUGAGGGCAAGAAAGUCUGCACCUACUACAAAUUGGAUUCUAUUCCUGUGGUUCUUGUGAUUGACCCCAUCACGGGCCAAAAGAUGCGCUCAUGGUGUGGAAUGAUUCAACCAGAGCGUUUGCUGGAGGAUCUAUUACCAUUCAUGGAGGGUGGCCCCAAGGAUCAUCACGUCACUCUAUCUCAUAAACGUCCAAGAGAAAGCUCUCUGACUCCUCCCCAGAAAAUUCAAGUGGCUGCAGAUGAAACUAAUGAAGAAGAUGAGGAAGUGCAAUUGGCAUUGGCAGCCUCUAUGGCAAGCAUGAAAGACCCUAGUGGACUGACUUCCAAGGAAAAAGAUGUAACCACUACUGACAAGAAGGAAGAGAUGUGUUCAGCUAAAAAGCCUGAAUAUCCUCCUCUGCCCGAAGAACCCAAGGGUGAUAGGAACCUUCUUUGCAGGGUUGGAGUCCGUCUCCCAGAUGGCCGCCGGAUCCAGAGAAAUUUCUUACGUACUGACCCAAUACAGUUGCUUUGGUCGUUCUGCUAUUCUCAACUUGAGGAAGCGGUUUCACGGCCAUUCCACUUGACCCAGGCAAUACCAGGGGCUUCACAGAAUCUGGACUAUGAUAGAGAAUUAACCUUUGAAGAGUCAGGACUUGCAAACUCUAUGAUCUCGGUUACAUGGGAAUGAAGAUGGGGGUGUGGGCACUGUUUUACUGAGUUGCUUCAACUGCUAGAGUCUGCAUUGAAGAAUUUUGGUUCAAACUGUUCUUUAUUUCUUUCUUUCUCUGUAAGUAGAGACUUUGUUUAAAUGGAUGGAUGGGGUGUUUGGACCAGAAACUUAAUAUUUGACAUUUUGUUUACUGUAUAUACUCCAUGUCAGGGGCAUGGGAUUUGUACUUACUUUAUAUUAAAGUUAUUUUUGCACUUUUGCAAAUUUGUUGAUUAA